GGAAGACCAGAUAUAGUGAAUGCAGGGUUCCGGGGAGACCAGAUAUAGUGAAUGCAGGGUCCGGGGAGACCAGAUAUAUAGUGAAUGCAGGGUCCUGGGGAGACCAGAUAUAGUGAAUGCAGUGUCCGAGGAGACCAGAUAUAGUGAAUGCAGGGUCCAGGGAGACCAGAUAUAGUGAAUGCAGGGUCCGGGGAGACCAGAUAUAGUGAAUGCAGGGUCCUGGGGAGACCAGAUAUAGUGAAUGCAGUGUCCGGGGAGACCAGAUAUAGUGAAUGCAGAGUCCUGGGCAGACCAGAUAUAGUGAAUGCAGUGUCCGGGGAGACCAGAUUUAGUGAAUGCAGGGUCCGGGGAGACCAGAUUUAGUGAAUGCAGGGUCCAGGGAGACCGGAUAUAGUGAAUGUAGGGUCCGGGGUGAAGUAAUACAUUUAGGGAACUGGGAGAAAAAAAAUACAUUUUGGGUUGUAUAACAAAAUAGUAAAUG